CUGGAUCUUGUGGUCUCGCAAAUCUCAUUGGUUGAACUACAUGUCCCAUAAACGCUUGAAGAGAAAAUUUUACAUCGCAACAACAAUUUGACCGCAAGGGGUUUCUGGAGUCAGUUGACAUCGUCGACUCCAGUGAGGCGACACGCAGACGUUACUUUUAUUUAUUUUUUUUGCAGAACUUUGAUAAUUUUCCCCACUUCGUCGAAAAGGGAUAAUAGCGCGAACGUACAUUUAUAUUACUAACAUUAGUUGCAAAAACAUGCUGGAUCCCUGGUUUUAUUAUUGGUUCUUUUUUACUUGGUGGUCCGUUAGGUAAUUGAACUGCCAGCUGGAUUAUGUUUUGCAGCGCUGCUUGCUGGCCAAAAUUAAGUUAAUUAAUCUUUCCCGGGAUUUAAGAUCCAGCGAUAUUUCAUCGGACCCGUUUGUAAAACUAAGUAAAAUCGUCGUUUGAAUCAUUCUGAUGCCCAGCUAACUAGACUACAGCUAGUCAGCCGGGGCUUGCUGCGCUCAAGCCGGGCGAAGAUUGACGCUGCACGGCGUCACCCAACUGAAGAGGAUCGAGGUUAUUAGGCGACAAUGCUUGAAAUAAUGUCCGAACACCAAGAUUCAUUACUGAAAUGCAAAGCAGAGACUCUGCCAUCAGAGAGAAGAAAGAGGACAGUGGAGGACUUCAACAAGUUUUGCAGUUUUGUUCUUGCAUAUGCUGGUUACAUCCCUUCUCCAAAGGAGGAAAGGCCAUGGUCACCAGUAUCCUCCAGUUCUCCAAACAGCUCUGGUGCUUCAGGUGAAGGCAGCGUUUUAGGUGGAGCGAGUUCAAACAUGGCUCCCAACUGGAGUCACGGCACGUCGGACUUGCACACCAUCCAUACCUUUGUUCGCAAGGCUCGUGCCAAUAAGAGCAACAAGAGCAUGAGGCGGCUGUCAUCUGACAGCACCCUGAUGGGUAAAAUGUGUUUAAAAGACCCUUUUUAUGAGGGCCAGGUGGCCAGCAAAGCUGAGCGCAAAAAGGACAAGAAGCUGAAGCAUCUUUCUCUAAGUUCAGGCGCUGGCGAUGGCAGCAGCGGUGGCGAGAAGCGUGCAAGGAUCAAGCGUAGUAAAAACCCCAAACAGUCCAAAGCCUUUAAGAAGCUUAAGAGCUCGGCCCACAGCGAGACAGACUCCGAGAAUGGUCUCGGACAUGGAGAGGAGCAUUUGGACCAGGGAGCAGCGGCUGAGCGCAGACUACAGGCCCAGGUGAAAGAAGAAAAGGAGGAAGCCACCAGAGAGGCGGAUAUGAGUUCCAGUGAAGGCGAGACUUGGAUUGCGGAUGAAGACAUAAUGGUAGAGUCAGGGGAUGAUUCAUGGGACUUGAUCACCUGUUACUGCGGUAAACCCUUUGCAGGACGGCCCAUGAUUGAAUGUAGUCAGUGCAGUGUGUGGGUGCACCUCUCUUGCGCCAAAAUUAAGAAGUCUAAUGUGCCCGACAUAUUUAACUGCCACAAAUGCAGAGACUCUCGACGGUCAAGUCAUAAGAAAGACACUUAGAUGAGGGGGUCUUCAUUCCCUCAAAGCUCUGAAUGUUCCCAGUUCUCUAGUUUUUGUAUCCAAAACAAUUAGUUUCAAAAUCAAAUGUUUCCUCUCUUUCUUUGCAGUUCUAGUUUUGGCGACCAGUUACUCCUUACAUGUUUAACAGUCAAUAGUCUCCAAUGCAGAGUUCGCUGAAAAAUAAUAUUUGACUUGAUCUCUUACCUCCUGAGUUGGUAAUUGAUCUUGGCUCAUUUGUAACUAUUCCACAGAUGCGUACACUAUUCUUUGUCACACAAAAUUGUCAUUUGUUUAAAGUAAGCAGCUUACAUAUUUAGUAAGUGGCACUAUUUUCCUUUGGAGAAGUUAGAGAAGCCACACUACAUUUUCACAGAUGUAUACUAUAUUGGUUACUUUGGUACUAUAAGAGUCUAUUUAAAAGUUUAAAAAAAAAAAAAAAAAAACCUAUA